CACUCCCUAAAGAACUGUGGGAGAUCGAAGAGGAAACUAUACCCUCUAUCAAACAACACUACGGACUAUUGAAACGAAGAUAGGAUAACUACUUCAUUCCAUCCUCUGUGGCUGAAUUUGUUUCUCUACCAGAAAUUAAACAUUUAGUAAGCAUUCAUUAAGAACAAAGAAGGUCUCGUUUCACAAAGAAGAUUCUCGUUUUGACUCAAAGAAACGCGUGGUUAGUGUUUCGUUAACUCGACAUCGUUGAAAUAAAAAAUAUCAGCUCGGCGUAACUUUAUGUAUUUAGAUUUUUCUUUCUCGGCGAGACGUACUACUAUGGUCGUAAUGGAGGUCCCUUGCAUCGACAGUGCCUCAUUCAGGGCACUCUUGGAAGGAGAUGACCCAGGCUGUCUCGUGUUGGACUGCCGUUCUUUUUUCUCUUUCAACAACUCGCACAUCCCCGGCUCUACCAAUGUGCGCUUCAGCACAAUUGUGCGCAGAAGAGCCAGGGGAGGGCUUGGACUCGAGCACAUCGUCCCAAACGAGGACACAAGAAACCGACUUGUUUCUGGAGACUAUCAGAGUGUAGUGUUCCUCGAUGAACGAAGCUCUGAACUAACCCAAGUGAAGAAAGACGGGACUUUAAUGCUUGCUGUAUCGGCUUUGAAUCGCAACCCGUGUGGAGCCAGCGUAUAUUUUCUUAAAGGUGGUUUCGACAGUUUUUCAUCCGACUAUCCGGAGAUGUGCACCAAGCCAGCGCCACCCCAGGGGCUCAGUUUGCCCCUGAGCGCAAGCUGUCACCCAGACAACAACGAUCCGGGAUGUAACACACCGCUUUACGACCAGGGUGGCCCGGUGGAGAUCCUGCCAUUCCUCUACCUUGGUAGUGCCUAUCAUGCGUCAAGAAAGGAUAUGCUGGACCUACUGGGAAUCACAGCACUCAUCAAUGUCUCCGCCAACUGUCCCAACCACUUUGAGGACCAUUUUCAGUACAAGAGCAUCCCUGUCGAGGACAGCCACAAAGCUGACAUCAGUUGCUGGUUCAAUGAGGCAAUUGAAUUUAUUGACUCUAUAAGGAACAAAGGGGGCCGCGUGUUCGUCCACUGCCAGGCUGGCAUCUCCCGCUCGGCCACCAUCUGCCUGGCCUACCUGAUGCGCACCAACCGUGUGAAGCUGGAGGAGGCCUUCGAGUUCGUCAAGCAGCGCCGCAGCAUCAUCUCCCCCAACUUCAGCUUCAUGGGCCAGCUGCUGCAGUUCGAGUCCCAGGUGCUGGCCUCCUCCACCUGCUCCUCAGAGGCCGGCAGCCCCGCGUUGACCAAGAGUGGCACAGUCUUCAACUUCCCCGUCACGAUUCCAGUUCACCACGCCACGCAAAGCCCACUGGCCUUCCUCCACAGUCCCAUCACCACGUCCCCUACAUGCUAGGAGAAGGACCCCCGGGGACUUUAUUGUGCCUUGACACUCGUCCAUUUUGGUAUCUUUUCCCAGUGAUGGACUGAAAGAAAGAAUAUGUUGCAAUGCAACUUCAGAUUUGACGCACCGCUGAAUGGUCUCUGUUUUUUGGCCAUGGUGGUGGCUGGUCACUGUGUAGGAGAGCAGCCAAAGGCCUUUGGGCCUGGUGUGCUGGUUACGCUCAAGCAUGCGGCAGUAUUGUUGCCAUGUUCAGUAUUGAAGGCGAGUUGGUUUACGCGGUGCCUUAGUUGGCGUAGUAGUAGAGGCUGACCAAGUAGAUGUAGGUCAGUGACCCGUCAGAGGGGACAGAAGUGUCCACAAGCUUGAUUUUAUUUAAAUGCUGAAGCCAAGUGUAUGUGUGUGUGUGUGUGUGUGAAGACUGAGGAGGUGUUCCCAGGGUGCUUUGCUUUGAGGAGGAUGACGACCAUGUUGAUAAUCAGACAAAUUUCUUUGUUUUUGUCUUUUUUCUUUUUCGUUCUUGCCCUGGAACUCCAUGGGUCAUCAUGUUUCUGAAGACUUUCAGAGCUCAGAACGAACUUGUUUUCAAUUUUACCUACUCAAAGUGUGAGCCUUUUGUAAAGACUUGCGUUGAGGGCACAUGGGGUGUAAGCCCCUUUGUCAGAUUCCUGUAUUUUCUUUCUUCUUUUCAAGGACAAUGAAUGAAUGUAUGUCUUCUCUUUUGCCAUUGACAAGUGGAUGAGAAGAUUUUAUGCUAAAUCCGUAGCUGCCUUUCUUUUAAACGACAACAUUGCUUAGCAUCCAUCCGAUUGACACCCUUCUCUUUAUAUUUGUCAUUUUAUGUUCUUACAAACGCAAAAUACCUCAUGCAUCAGUACUGUCUCCAUUAUUGACACAGUCCUCUUGAAAGCACUUCCGAAAGGAAGUGUGUCUGGAUAUUGUUUGGUAUGUCUGAUAUUUAUUGAACUAAAGUAAUAUAUUUCUUACGAUUAUAUAUUUUUACAGUUGUUUGUGAUUUAUGUUUUUGAUACCAUCGAAAUAAAAUGUUCUUUUCAUACAGACAUGAA